AGUCACGUGACCUCUGCCUCAGCUGACCCCGAACUACGGGAAGAAGAAAGUCCCGGGCUGGGCUUCCUGGAGCUAUGAGGUUCCGGUUCUGUGGUGACCUGGACUGUCCUGACUGGGUCCUGGCGGAGAUCAGCACACUUGCCAAGAUUUCCUCUGUGAAGCUGAGGCUGCUGUGCAGCCAGGUGCUGAAGGAGCUUCUGGGACAGGGGAUUGAUUACGAGAAAGUCCUGAAGCUCACCGCCGACACCAGAUUUGAGUCAGGUGAUGUGAAGGCCAUGGUGGCAGUACUGAGUUUCAUCCUCUCCAGUGCGGCCAAGCAUAGUGUGGAUGGCGAGUCCUUGUCCAGUGAAUUGCAGCAGCUGGGGCUGCCUAAAGAGCAUGCAGCCUGCCUGUGUCGCUGUUACGAGGAAAAGCAAAGCCCUCUGCAGGAGCACCUGCGGGCCUGCAGCCUGCGUGUGAAUAGGCUGGCAGGCAUGGGCUGGCGGGUGGACUACAUCCUGCACUCCAGCCUGUUGCAGUCUGUGGAAGAGCCUAUGGUGCAUCUGAGGCUGCAAGUGGCAGCUGCUCCGGAUGCACCAGCCCAGGCUGUUGCCCUGUCCCUCUCAGCAGACAAGUUCCAGGUCCUCCUGGCAGAACUGAAGCAGGCCCAGGCCCUGAUGAGCAACCUGGGCUGAGGACAAGAGUGUUUGUGGCCCACAUGGAGCUGCCCUACCCAUGUUGAGUUGCUGCUCUCUGAACUUCUCUUCAUGACCCCAGGUCCAGGACCUUGGAGGCCUGGCUUCCUGGAUCUCUGGCUUUCUAGGUUCCCAUGUGAGAAUUCAGCAUAAGGAUCCCGAGGACUUUUCCAGUAUUACCUUCUCUCCCCCAUGAAAGAUACUUGUCAGUGGUUUUCGCAAGCAGAAAGAAUAAACAGAAGUGUAAAGAA